AGAAAGAAGUCGUCAGUUUUGUGUUGUGUUUGUGUGUGACAUUUUGGCGAGACGACUGCAUUACUCUUCGAAGGUUAUUUGGGCAGUAUUUUUUAGUUGAAAUCACGCCUAGACUUCAAGGCYGUCAUUCUGGAAAACAACACUGUUUUGACGAAGUCAGAAGUUUAUUUUCAAUAUCGUAAGUGUCAAGUUGUAUGCGUCACUGACAGCGAACCAAAAUUAUAUCUCGAUUUCAAAAAAGCUGUUCAUMUGCUUUGGUCGAUUUUCUUCUCGCAUUUUCUACUGUCGGAAAAUGCAAAACAUGAAUUAGAUAAUAAUUGACCAAGACAGUUUUAUAUUUCGCGUCAAGCAAUUGGAUGAGAGAGGCCGUCUGCUGGGAAAAGAUAACCUGAGCUUGUGGAGGAAGUUUAGUUUCGUGAAAGAUCAGAGAGCGGGCUUCGACCAGGAGUAAAACAACUUAAAAUUCAAGCAAAAUGUUGUCCAAUAACAAACAUAUUGCUAAUAUGUCAGCGACAAAAAGAUCUCAUACUAAUACCAGUGAGGACAACACGAGCACYGAUGAAGACGCUAAGGUCAGCUCAUCACCCACACGUAAACCUCGUGGAAAGAAAAUCAAGGAACGAACCAGUCCCGUUACCACAGACACUGAACAACAAAACGAUAACAAAACAGGAUCAAAAACUCARAAAGAGCCAUUCAAAGAUAAACAGCUUGAAGAGAAGUGUCCAGCAUAUGAAACCACGACAACUUCAACGGACAAAGUGAACUUAGAAAUGAACCACAAAGAGAUUAUUGAAAGAGAGUCUCAAAACAGUCAUAAUGUUAAUGAUGAUAGUGAUGAAAAGGAUGAUGACGAYAAGAAAGACGACGAAAAAGUGAAAAGCGCUCAAAUAAAGGAAGACACGGAAAACGAGGAGAAGAAAGAGGCGAAGAGGCUCGAAGAAGUGAGACAGACGUACGAGAAAGACGUGGAAAUUCUCAACAACGAAAUCAAAGAAAUUAAUAAAUACUGGUCAGAGGUGGAAAGCAAAGACAUCUCAUUGAAGCGACAAGAAACGAGGAAGAACCCAUUUUCAUACGACUUUCUCGGAGACGAAGUUGACAGAGAUGAAGCUGAGGCUCUGGAAGCUCUUAGUCUUUACUGGUUGAAUAAUAUUGCCAGAAAAGCAGCCAAGCCAAAGAACACAGCCAUACGCGAGGAAGACAAGCCAUUCUACAACAAAUACUGCAAUGGAACMAAAGAACUGUGCGUCGAGACGGCAAUGAGAUUGAUGAGUCUACCCCACGUGGUAACAGUCACCUUGAAGUCCAUCCCAAAGAUAGAGGUCAUCGUAUCCGAUGUCGCGCUCGCCUUACAAGACUCUCCUGAGCUUCGYAGUGAUGACUUUGAAGUCACUGAAGCAAUGGGAAUGCAUCUCUUUUAAAACGCAAUAACGCUCUCUAAAAAGCUACGURWUGACGAGCAGAUUUCGUAUCGUGCAAAUUAGCGUAGAAUAAGACUUUCCUAAACGUUGAGGAUAUUGAUAGUAAAAGGCUAUGAAAACUGAUUAAUAUAGACGAGUUCUUUUAUGGAGAAGUCCUCCAAAAAGGACAAAAAGAACUGGAACAUCCUCGGGAACCCAGGGAUAAUCCUAGGUCGUUCGUUCCUCGCUAACAGGCAGUUGUGUGAUGUAUAUAUAAAGUUUUGCCCUCAAUAGCUAGAUUUUGUMUAGAUUUUAUCCGUUCGUACCCUGGCUUUCCGAGAAUCCUGAUGUCAUGUAUAAAGUGCUAUUUUAUAAUAUUGUAAAUAAACAUCUACCUAGA